AUGAGGUAUGUCAUUGACGUCUUGGAGUACCUGAGUGUGAAGAAAGAGAAAAAAGUGGCUCUUCUGCUAUUGGAUGCAGAGAAAGCUUUUGAUAGAGUUUCAUGGCCAUUCCUCAAAGGUUCACUGCACUCAUUCCUGCAGAGGAUCUCAUUCAACAACAGUGCUGGGGAUGAAAUUACAUUCAAAGAACAUGGAGAAUUAGCAGCUGGCUUUGAUAUUACAAACCUGGUCACUUUCCCAAAUAAUUCCUAUGUCAGGGUCAAAGUUGGAGAGCUGGAUCCUCAGGCCCCUCCAGGAAAAGAGCUCUCCAUUAACGGGGAUGGAAUCCAAUGGCACAGAGUCUUCACUCAGGUGCCACCCCUUUCCUUAUGUAAUGCCAAAUGCCUUCCAGGUUAUGAGAAGAAAAAGAAGGAGGGGAAGAAGUUCUGUUGUUAUGACUGUGAUCCAUGUCCUCAUGGGAUGUUCUCAAAUGAGAAGGAAUUGGAAACCUGUGCCAGAUGUCCUCCAAAUCAAUAUCCAAAUGAAGAGCAGAAUGAGUGCAUUCCCAAGAAACCAAACGCCCUAUUCUUUGGUGAAACUUUGGCCAUUGUUUCAACAUUCUCUGCGCUUUUAUUCUCUCUGAUCACAGCUGUGGUACUUGGCAUUUUCAUUAAGCACCGGGACACUGCCAUCGUCAAAGCCAAUAACAGAAGCCUCACUUACAUUCUCCUCAUCUCCCUCCUCUUGUGUUUCCUGUGCUCCUUGGUGUUCAUUGGAAUGCCUAAUAAGGCAACCUGCCCACUCCGACAAACAGCUUUUGGCAUUGUCUUCUCUGUGGCCCUCUCCAGCAUCUUGGCCAAGACUGUUUCAGUAGUUUUGGCAUUCAUGGCUACCAAGCCAGGGUCCAGGAUCAGGAGAUGGGUAGGCAAAAAACUGGCUUAUUCCAUUGUCCUUUCCUGCUCUGGGAUUCAAGUAGGAAUCUGUGCCUCCUGGUUGGCAACCUCUGCCCCAUUCCCAGAUGUGGAUAUGCACUCAAUGAGUGAAGAAAUAAUACUAUUAUGUAAUGAAGGGUCAGUUCUCAUGUUCUAUGGUGUUUUGGGCUAUAUGGGUUUCCUGGCCACUUUCAGUCUCACUGUGGCCUUCUUAGCCCGGAAGUUGCCUGACAGCUUCAAUGAAGCCAAGUUCAUCACCUUCAGCAUGCUGGUCUUCUGCAGUGUUUGGCUCUCCUUUAUUCCCACAUACUUGAGCACCAGAGGAAAAUACAUGGUGGCUGUGGAGAUCUUCUCCAUCUUGGCUUCUAGUGCUGGGCUGCUGUGUUGCAUCUUUUCCCCUAAAUGCUACAUUAUUGUAGUGAGGCCUGAGCUGAAUAACAGAGAACAGCUGAUAUGGAGAAGGAUGUAA